UCGUUUGCGAACCGCGGUAUGGUGUGGCUCGCGGUUAUUUCGUAUACGUAUUCGAUUCUAAUUUCAAUUCUUCAAUUUCGUUGUGUUUCAAUCUUUGACAUAGUACGAAUCAAGUGACUUUUAAUACGCAAUUAAUCACUGUUGCCUUACAAAAUAGAAGUUCUUUGAUAAAUCAAGGAAAAAAAAGGAAGAAAAUAUACUAACAAAUUUCUUCGAAAUUUUCGUGCCUAAAUUAUCAAUUGUGAUCGUGAAGGCCAAUCUAUAAUAGAUUCAUAAUUAAAGUAAAUAAGUUUAUAAGAAGAAACAGAGUAUCAAACAGUAUUUCAUCACGUUCUUUCUCAGUAAAACUCGUGGAAAGUACUGUACGCUUCGGUUCACGGUAUACUAUUCAGAGGGACGGAACAAGAGAGAAGGAAUAAAGGAGAAAAAAAGAGAAGAGUCACUUUAUCGAAGAAAGCUCUCAAUCGAGCUUUUACAUUUUCAUCUUUUCGUUGACGUAUUUUAAUUUAUUUUAACUAAAAUUUUUUUCCUGAAAUGUAUUAUUUUAUCGAUAAUUAAUACAAAUAUGAUUUAUACAUGUCAGUAAUUCAAUGAACAUUGUGCGGAUGUUUUGUUUGAUCGAUGUAUCGCGUUUGAUCUUGGCAGAUCUCGAUAAUCGAAAGUAAAUGAAUUCAAGUGGUGGCGCACUAGAUUGAACUUUAAGAAAAACUGAAUAUUUUAAACAUGAAGCUCAAAGGAACACUUAUGUUGUUAAUUAUUGCUAAUGCAGUCUACAGUCAAAAUGCAACUGUAAUCACAAGCGAUGAUGCUCUUCAAGGUUACGACCCUCUAUUCAUGGUCGGUUGUUACUUUCCCGCGGAAUUUCAGGGUGAGUUCGUGACACAGGUGAGCGGAAAAGAUACAAGCAACGAACCUAUUCAAUAUUCUACUAUCAACAUCACGUUCAACGCUGUUCCCGUGUGGGGUUAUUGCCAUAGGAGGGUCGGCGAUAACGUGUUGCUAAUGGACAGAUAUGGUGAUGGUGAUUGCAUCCGAUGCUUUCGAUUAUCAAGAAGAUCACGAAAUGUUAUAGAAGUAUUCUCUGAAGAUUUAAACAGAUGUUAUACUUCAGAAGCCACUGCUUUGGCUUCUUGUGAUAAAUUAAAUUCGACAUCCAUUUUAUAUCGUACUAGAGAAAUUGGAAAUGUUCCUAUUAGAAAUGAAUAUUGCCCAAUAACUGGCCAGUAUCAUUUUACAUAUAAUCUCAAUAAUGGAUCCGAUAAAACUAUUGAAUGUAACAGCUUUUCAUCUUCUUUUAACAAUUGUCCUGAUGGUUCAAUCUUAAGAUUACAUUUUAAUCGAUGCACCUUUGAAUCUUACACAAAUCUUACAUUUAAUUGCUUAGGCAAUUGGCCUGGUCCAAAUGGUUCUACUUAUUUUGCUUUAAUGGAUAAUAGUGCAACUUAUGAAGGUAGACCACAAUAUAGAUGUGGGUUAUUUCAUGUUGACAAUAAAAAAGGAAAGACAUAUAUGGCACUCAGCAGUGAUUCUAGUUGUACACAAGAUCUAGAUAAUUCCACUAGUGGAUAUGAAACAUUAAUCCUUAGUAAAGUUCCAAAUCAAAAAAAGAUGCCAAAUUAUGUGAAGACUCAUGUGGCAACAUUUCCAAAAUGGGCACAAGGUCUAUGGGAAGAAUCUCUUAUUGUUAAUGGUACUAUGACUUUCACUGAUCUUAAUGGGUAUAAUAGUUAUACAUUUAUUACCGUUGAUUCCAAUGAAGAAACUGGCCGCUAUAUCGUUUACUCCAAAAAUCAAUGUGAACAAGCAGCUUAUGUAUGUUUAAUGAUGAGGCAACGAAGCGAAAAUGUAUUAGAAUUUGCAAUAGGUGUACUUUUAAGUCCAGUUUAUAAAUCCUCAUUGUGCGACAAUCCUUUAGAUAAACCUGUUUGGAUGACACAAGCACGUGUUGAACGUGCAGUAGAAUCACCUUGCCCGAUUACUGGAGAAUAUAUGGGUAUGAUAACUGAUUUAUCAGGAAUGUGUGCUGAAUUAAGUAGUAAUUGUAACACUCGUGAAAUAAUGUAUUUUAAAGUUACUGAUUGUGAAUCUGGAGAACUUUAUGAAGAACGAGCAUACUUAUGCUUAGGACAAUGGGAAGAGAAAGGUGUAAUGUAUACAUAUACUAUGAGAAACGAUACUAGUACUAAUGAAUGUUUUGUUGGUUUAAUUGUAAAUGACGAAGAAAUCUAUAUCAAAGAAGCAGGAGAUCAUUGUAUGAGAAAUAUUGAUCCUAAAAAAGAAGGAAUGCGUCUAUAUAAAAAAGGUCAAUGUUAUGGAAAUUCCCCAAGUCCUGCACCAACACCAAUGAAACCAAUUCCUCACAAUCCAAUAAUGAGAAUCGCCACUACUCCGCGAUCGAAAAUUUCAGGUACCACUAAUAUAUCAGGAAAUAAUAUUCCAUCAUUUGCUUCACAUAAGGUCACUGCAUCUUAUAGUUUUAUGCUAUUUAUAAUGGUAAUUAUGUUUUUUAAAAAUAUUUAUACAUGUAUUUGAGUAUCAAUACUGCCAAUAAUAAUAAUUAAUUUAGUGAAUGAAUGCAAGACACAGAACAA